CGUCCCUACCUGUCGAAAGUAUGGUUUGGGAUGGAUUCGCCCAUCCCUUAGGGAUAGACGUUGCGAUUGAGACGCUAGUGAAAAAUAAACGAAUAGGCGGCAGCCUGACCAUCCACAUUAAGGUGCGUAGAAGCAAUGAACCGUACAAGUAUGCCGUUUCUGAAAAAAUAAAAGCAAUUUUUCCAAAAGAUAUGAAUUUAAAAGAGUUUUCAUCUUGGCACCAUCAAAAUCGAGUUAUGAAUAUAGAUAGAAAAGAUAAGCGCUCUUACUAUUUCUAGAGAACAAGCCAGUCGCCUGAAAUAGCUAAUGUUAAUUAUAUGAUCUAAACGCUUUCUUUGUCAACAAGUGCAAUCUCAUCGAUAUGAAUAUUUGAUAUGAACAUUUUUUAUGCUAUACAUGCAAUAGAAAUAUGUUAUCAAAAUCAGAUUUUAAAGAAUAAUGUAUUAACUAGAUAAAUAAAAAUAAUUCAUUUGUGCCAUGUGAAUCAGAUCGUUUCUCAGAAACAACGCUUCAUUAUACUUAUGGAAAAGAAAUCUCGCAUGUAGAUUAGUAAAAAAAAAAAAAAAAAAAAAAGCCAAAGAUUUUUUUUGAAAGCAGGAUUUAAAGAGUCAUUUACUAACACAAGUGAAAGUGAAGUCUUAUCUUUCUUAUACUUGCAGUGAGUCAUUUACUAAUCAAAGCAAUUUAAGGUGAGAUUUUUUCUAGCUCAUGAAAGAAAUGUGCAGUGAAUCGUAUUCUCAGCCUGCAAGUUUAAAGACACAUUUACUGACGCAUACGAAAGAUAAACCGUAUGUUUGUGACGUGUGUAAUAAAGCAUUUCCUUUGCUGCUAAAUCUGAAAAGACAUUUAGUGACCCAUACAAAAGAAAAACCGUAUGUCUGUGAUGUGUGUGAUAAGGCUUUUUCUAGGAAGGAUAAUUUGAAAAUACAUUCACUGACCCAUACAAAAGAUUAUCCGUAUGUUUGUGACGUGUGUAAUAAAGCAUUUCCUGUGCUGAUAAAUCUGAAAAGACAUUUAGUGACCCAUACAAAAGAAAAACCGUAUGUCUGUGAUGUGUGUGAUAAGGCUUUUUAUAGGAAGUAUAAUUUGAAAAUACAUUCACUGACCCAUGCAAAAGUGAAACCGUAUGUUUGUGAUGUGUGCAACAAAGCUUUUUCAUGCAAUGGAAAUUUAAAACAGCAUUUACUGAUCCAUACAAAAGAGAAACCGUAUGUUUGUGAAGUAUGCAACAAAGCUUUUUCUCACAAGGGAAUUUUAAAACAUCAUUUACUGAUCCAUACAAAAGAGAAACCGUAUGUCUGUGAUGUGUGUAAUAAAGCAUUUCCUGCUCUGACAAAUUUGAAGAGACAUUUACAGACCCAUACAGGUGAGAAACCGUAUGUUUGCAAUAUAUGUAAUAAAGCAUUUUCGCUGAAGGGAAAUUUAAAACAACAUUUACUGGCCCAUACAAAAGAAAAACCUUAUGUUUGUGAUGUGUGUAAUAAAGCGUUUUCUUACCGAAACACUUUCAAAAGACAUUUACAGACCCAUACAAAAGAGAAAGCACAUGUUUGCAAUAUGUGUAAUAAAGCGUUUUCUCAGAAGUGUGAUUUGAAAGUACAUUUACUGUCCCAUACAAAAGAGAAACCGUAUGUUUGUGAUGUAUGUAAUCAAGGAUUUUCUACAGCAAAAAAUUUAAAGUCACAUUUAAAGACGCAUUCGAAAGAAAAACCGUAUGUUUGUGAUGUGUGUAAUAAAGCGUUUUCUUUACGGACUUAUUUGAAAACUCAUAUACUUACCCAUACAAAAGAGAAAGCACAUUUUUGCAAUAUGUGUAAUGCAGCUUUUUCUCAGAAGCGUAAUUUGAAAAUACAUUUACUGACCCAUACAAAAGUGAAACCGUAUGUUUGUGAUGUGUGCAACAAAGCUUUUUCUCAGAAGGGAAAUUUAAAACAUCAUUUACUGAUCCAUACAAAAGAGAAACCGUAUGUCUGUGAUGUGUGUAAUAAAGCAUUUCGUUUGCUGAUACUUUUGAAAAGUCAUUUUGUGACCCACACAAAAGAAAAAGCACAUGUUUGCAGUAUGUGUAAUAAAGCUUUUUCUCAGAAGGGUAAUUUGAAAAUACAUUUACUGACCCAUACAAAAGAAAAGCCGUAUGUCUGUGAUCUGUGUAAUAAAGCGUUUUCUUACCGAAUCUCUUUGAAAAAUCAUUUACUUACCCAUACAAAAGAGAAAGCACAUGUUUGCAAUAUGUGUAAUAAAGCCUUUACUCUGAAGGGUAGUUUGAAAAAACAUUUAUUGACCCAUACAAAAGAGAAAACGCAUGUUUGCAAUAUGUGUAAUAAAGCGUUUUCUUUAAAGGGUAAUUUGAAAAUACAUUUACUGACCCAUACAAAAGAGAAACCGUAAGUUUGUGAUGUAUGCAACACAGCUUUUUCUCGCAAGGGAAAUUUAAGGCAUCAUUUACGGUCCUAUAUAAAAUAGAAACUAUGUCUGUGAUGUGUGUAAUAAAGCAUUUCCUUUAUUGAUAAAUUUGAACAGACAUUCACAGACCCAUACAGAAGAGAAACCGUAUGUUUGCAAUAUGUGUAAUAAAGCAUUUUCGAUGAAUGGAAAUUUAAAACAACAUUUACUGACCCAUACAAAAGAAAAACCAUGUGUGUAAUAAAGUGUUUUCUUGACGAAACACUUUUAGGAAACAUUUAUUGAUGCAUGAGAAAAAAUCUGUGUGUAGUAUCUUCAUUAACGCAUUUUCUCUAAUGAGAAUUUUAAAAACAUACACGAAGAAGAACCCAUGUUUGUGUAUAUGAAAUAAAGCGUUUUGUCAUAAAAGCAUUUUAAGCAAACAGUUUAAAGAAAGACCGUGUAUCUGUGACCUGUGUUAUAAAGCCUUUUCUCAACUGGGAAAUUCGAAAAGACAUUUACUGGAGCAUACGAAAGAGAAAUUGUAAGCUAGCGGGAUAUUCUAUAUUUUUUUUAAUGUAAAACAUCUGAUAUGAUAAAUUUUUUUAAAAGAAAAAUUUGUUGACCUAUCUGUAAUAUAAAUGAUGACUUUUUUUUUUUCGUAGACUUUUUUUCCCCGAAGUCUUAUUUAAUUAUGCUUUUACUGACAUAUACAAAUGCAUCGAACUUUAAAUGCUUGUAAUUUUAUUAUUAUUAUUUUUUAAAAUAAAG